AUGGUCUCUGAAACUGUCACCCGGAACGUUUCCACUGAGUCCUGGUUUGACCAGGCUCGUUUCAUCCCACCCGAUGCAAUUUUUGCAUUGACUGCUCAGUAUAUUGCAGACCAAUCUCCCAAGAAAGUAAACUUGGGCCAGGGUACGUACCGCGAUGAGCAUGGGAACCCGUGGGUUCUCCCUUCGGUCAGGAAUAGUCGGAAGUUGCUAUCCCAAGAGUUGAAUCACGAAUAUCUCCCUAUUGCCGGUCUGGCAGAUUUCCGUAAAGAGGCUGCAAAGUUAGCACUGGGCCCAGAGCUAUUUCAAAAGCAACAGGACAAACUGGCGACUUGCCAAAGUCUUUCCGGUACGGGGGCACUACACCUGGCUGGACUGUUGUUACGAGCUUGCAAAACACGUCUUCCCAAAGUAUAUAUCCCUGAGCCGACUUGGUCAAACCAUCAUCAGGUGUUUUCAUCCCUUGGAUUCCAAUGCGAAUCUUUUAGAUACUACAACCCAGAGACCAAAGAUCUGGACAUUGAUUCUUAUUAUUCUACAUUGAAAUUGGCCGAGCCCAAUUCUGUGUUCAUCAUCCAUGCAUGUGCUCAUAACCCAACAGGAUGUGAUCCGAGCAAGGAGCAAUGGCGAGAACUUGCGCGCCUUUUUAAAGAAAGGCAGUUAUUCCCACUUUUUGACGCCGCGUAUCUAGGGUUCAACUCCGGCAAUGUGGAUAUUGAUGCUUUUGCCAUUCGACUAUUUAUCGAGGAGACGAACCUGGAAGCUGGAGUGUGUCUGUCAUUUGCGAAAAACAUGGGUCUCUAUGGGGAACGAGUUGGCUGCUUUUUACUAGUAACUAGCACCGAACAAGCGGCUGUAAAGACCCAGUCAAUGCUUGAAAUGCUUCAACGUUCUGAAGUUUCGAACCCUCCAGCCUAUGGUGCUAAAAUUGCGAGCACCAUAUUAGCCGACGCUACCCUUAGGGAGGCUUGGCAUGAUGAUCUGAUCACAAUGAGCAGCCGCAUUCGCUCCAUGAGGUCGAAAUUGUAUGAUAGCCUGAAUUCCUCCGGUGCACCUGGCUCAUGGGAGCACCUCAUCCGCCAGUCCGGAAUGUUUGGAUUUCUGGGACUGCCCCCAAGCGUCGUGCAAAGACUUCGCGAGCAAUAUCACAUCUACAUGGCAGACAACUCUCGCAUAUCAAUUGCUGGUCUCAACAAACAAAACGUGGAUUACGUCGGAAAGUCAAUCACUGAGUGCCUGAAACAAGAAUACUAG